ACAAGCAAUAUUUUAAUUUUGCAAUCCUGUUUAUUCUACCAGACAGACGAAAUCGCUUUCUAGAUUAGCACGUGUUCAGGUUAAUUAGCAAACAUUCAUUAAUUUGUGUAACCUAAGGAAUCCUCUUGUAUAAUAUACAGAUAAGUAAUCCCCUACCUUGAUGGUUGCUAGAAUAUAUUGGGCAAGAAAGUCACUUUUAACAAUUGCUCGUUUAAACACCGGAAAGUCAGUAUUACAUAUUCAUAUUUCUCUCUAUAUUGAAUGAAUGACAAUUAACUUACAUAUUUAAUAUAAUAUAUGAGACUUAACAACGUUUGCAGAUUUCCUUUAAGCAGAACAAUGGCGACUUCUGAUAUGAUAAGUAAACGUCAUGAGAAUAUUGUAAAGUCUCAGGAGGACGGUCGGCAAUAUCUUGGUCUUGAACUAAAAAAUAAGAUGAAGAUUUUACUAGUUAGUGACUCGCAAACUGAUAAAUCGUCUGCUGCUCUAGACGUUUACAUAGGAGCAAUGAAAGAUCCUAAAGAAUUACCAGGGCUAGCUCACUUUUGUGAGCACAUGUUAUUUUUAGGAACUGAAAAGUAUCCUGAAGAAAAUGAGUAUAAUAAAUUUCUAAGCGAAAAUGGUGGCUCAUCCAAUGCUUACACAUCUGGUGAACAUACUAAUUAUUACUUUGAUGUAUCUCCAUCUGCCCUCUCUGGAGCCUUAGAUAGAUUUGCUCAGUUUUUCUUAUGCCCUUUGUUUACAAUUAGUGCAACUGAUAGGGAAGUUAAUGCUGUAAAUUCUGAAAAUAUGAAGAAUUUACAAAGUGAUAUGUGGAGAUUACAUCAGCUAGAGAAAUCAACGGCAAAGCCUGAUCAUGACUUUGCAAAAUUUAGCACAGGAAGUAAAGAAACUUUGGAAACUAUACCAUUAAGUAAAGGUUUAAAAGUUCGUGAUGAAUUGCUUAAAUUUCAUCAGAAGUAUUAUUCAUCGAAUAUAAUGGGAUUGUGCGUAGUUGGAAAAGAAAGUUUAGAAGAAUUAACUGAAAUGGUUGUGCCUCUGUUUGGAGAUGUUAAAAAUAAAUCAGUUGAUAUUCCUGAAUGGAAAGAUCAUCCAUACGGACCGGAACAAUUAAAGAAACUGAUAAAAAUUGUUCCAGUUAAAGAUAUAAGAAAUCUUUACGUAAAUUGGCCUAUUCCUGAUCUUAGAAACCAUUAUAGAAGCAACCCCGGUCAUUACUUAGGGCACCUUAUCGGUCACGAAGGCCCUGGCAGUCUGUUGUCCGAACUUAAGGAAAAAGGCUGGGUUAACGAACUAGUAGGUGGACAAAAAAUCGGUGCUAGAGGCUUUAUGUUUUUCACAAUCACCGUUGAUUUAAGUGAAUCUGGAAUUGAUCAUAUUGAUGACAUUAUGACUGCAAUUUUUGAAUAUCUUCAUAUGCUAAAGAAAAGAUUGCCAGAAGAAUGGAUAUUUCAAGAAUGCAAGAAUUUGAAUAACAUUACUUUUAGAUUUAAAGACAAGGAAAAGCCAAGAUCUUUAACAAGCUCUUGCGCCGGAGUUUUACACGACUUUCCUAUGGAUGAAAUUUUAAGUGGACCUUAUCUUUUGCACGAGUAUGAACCUAAUAUGAUAACAGACAUUUUAAAUAGACUCACACCUGAUAAUCUAAGAGUUGGAAUUGUUGGAAAAACCUUUGAAAACGAAUGUGAUCAAACUGAAAGAUGGUAUGGAACAAAUUAUCGUCUUGAAGAUAUUGGUGAAGAGACUCUACAGAGAUGGCGCAAUGUUGGAGAUAAUCCAAAGUUUAAUAUACCUGAAAAGAACGAAUUUAUUCCUUCGCGGUUCGAUUUAGUAGAGCUGGAUAAUAAUAAAGAUGUACCGAAAGUAAUCAAAGAUACAACAUUUAGUAGGGUUUGGUUUAAGCAAGAUGGUAAAUUUAAAAUGCCUAAACUAUGCAUUAGUAUUGAUAUGGCUAGCCCUUACUGUUACGCUGACCCUUUAAGCGCCAAUUUAUCCUAUAUGUUCGUUACCGUCUUCAAAGAUGCCCUUACUGAAUAUGCAUAUGAUGCUGAGUUAGCUGGUUUAUACUAUGAUUUAACGAAAUCUAUGUAUGGUAUUAAGCUAUCCGUCAAAGGAUAUAGUGAUAAACAACAUGUACUAUUGGAGAAAAUUCUCAAAAAAAUGGUAUCCUUUGAAGUUAACGUAGAUAGAUUCAACAUACUAAAAGAAUUGUACAUUAGAAGUCUGAGAAAUUUCGAAGCGGAACAACCCCAUCAACAUGCCAUUUAUUACUUAAGUGCUUUAACAACGGAGGUGUUUUGGGAGAAAUCGGAGUUGUUAGCCGUAGCUGACCAAGUGACAAGCGAAGCUCUUCAAGCUUUUAUACCGAAACUAUUAUCAAAAUUAUAUUUUGAAAUAUUAAUCUAUGGAAAUUCUACUCUAAAGAGGGCUCAGGAACUUAGUGAAUUGGUUGAAAAGGAACUAAGAGGAAAUGUCACAAAGACGUCAUAUCUACCAGAAGAACAAAGACGCUACCGAGAAGUUUGUCUGCCACAACAGAAAUCGUACGUUUACAUCCACAACAAUGAAGUGCAUAAGGAUAAUGCUGUUGAAAUUUACUUGCAAACUGGCGAACAAGACACUCGUAGUAAUAUGCUGUUGGAGCUGUUUUGUCAAAUCAUAUCGGAACCUUGUUUCGAUAUUCUACGAACCCAAGAACAACUCGGCUAUUUGGUCUUUAGCGGAAUUAGACGCUCUAGCGGUGCACAGGGAUUACGUAUAAUUAUUCAAUCUGAUAAAACCCCUCAGCAUAUUGAAGAGAGAAUUGAAUCAUUUAUUGAAAAGAUGGGACAAUUACUUUCGACAAUUGAUGAUGUUUCUUUUGAGAGACACGUGCAAGCGUUAGCUACCAAGAGACUCGAGUCACCUAAAAAGCUGUCGGCCCAAAAUAGUAAAUACUGGGAAGAAAUUACAUCAAAGCAUUAUAACUUCCGAAGAGAUGAAAUUGAAGUGGAUUAUUUAAGAACGCUAACAAAGUCGGAUAUUAUAGAUUUUUUCAAAAAUAAAAUAGAAAAUCCGUCAGAGCAACGGCGAAAGCUAAGCGUUCACGUUUAUUCGACGGCCGAUGGAUCGGAGAAAUUUGAACUACCAACGGAAAGCCAGGCAACCAUCAUCAAAGAUAUCAACAGCUUAAGAGAAACGAAGAAGUUCUUUCCAAAUCCAAAACCUUUUAUUGACCCUUCCAAAUCAAAGUUAUAG